CGUUCUAUUACAGUUGUAGCGAUACAUUUAGCUUGAAAUAUUUUCGUAUACCCCAACAAUUUGUUUAAUCCAGUCUGUUCUGUAGGUAACAGACCUUGGUUCACGGUGGAAGGUCGUUGCUAACAUAACGUUAACUAGCCAACGAGCUAAAGUAACGUUAGUUUACCCGCCACUUGAAUUCGUAUAUUCUUUCGACAUUACUGUAGCUAGCCUGCCUGUAGGGUACCUUAUUUGGCUUGUAGGAAUGGAUGGUACUCCUAUGUCGUUAUCUACCUGAACUUAAUCUGGAAUCACACGGACGCAGACCAAUCUAUGGAGGUGCACACUCCAACAGCUGAAAACCCCCAUUCUGAAUAUGGACUGACGGACAACAUCCAGAGAAUAGUGCAAAACGAGAAAGCCAACACAGAGAAGGUCUCCAAACAGAAGGUGGAUCUGCAGUCGCUCCCCACGAGGGCAUAUUUGGAUCAGACAGUGGUGCCCAUUCUUCUUCAAGGCUUAUCUGUGCUGGCCAAGGAAAGACCUGCAAAUCCUAUUGAAUUCUUAGCAGCCUUCCUUCUCAAGAACAAAUCACAGUUUGAAGAUCGAAAUUAAGCUCCAGACGGAUGGAAAUGUGCACUUUGAGCCCAUCUGUUUAAAAUCAAGGAAAUGGUUGUUUCUGUCAUUGGUUAUGUUUGCAGUUUUUUAAACCAGAAUAAAGAUGGUGCUGCAGGGAAA